CUAAAUAUAAUAAAAUCAUGCAUCUUAUUCACAUACGUCUCUAACAAAUGUACCUGUUUGACAUAUAAAUAGAGCACAGAAUGACACAAUGAAAUGAAACCACAUGCACUUCACUUCUCCAUCUCCUUCUCAACCACUCCAUCUCUCUUUAUCUUGCCAGCAAGUGACCUUAUAAUAAAAGAUGGAAGGAAUCCAGAUCCAAACCAAGAACAACAACAACAACAACAACAACAACAACUCAAGGCUGAAGAUCUUUGGGUUCAGUGUGUCUGAAGAUGUAGAAGAGCAUGCAACGCCGGCGAUGAACAGUACUGAUGGAAAGAAGUACGAGUGUCAGUACUGUUGUAGAGAGUUUGCCAACUCUCAAGCGUUGGGUGGGCACCAGAACGCGCACAAGAAAGAAAGGCAACAGCUCAAGCGCUCACAGAUGCACCGAAGCACGCCGGCCACUAUUGUCUAUCCACGUAACACUUGGCCGGGCACGGUGCCGGCACAACCGGUCACUAACUGGGUUUACUAUUCAAGGAUGGCGCCUGCUUUGCCGUUUAGAAUGCAUCACGGUUGUGUUGUUAGCUCGCCGGAGGGGAUGGUGGCGCCGAGUUAUUCUUUGGCCGGCGCCGGAGAAGGUGGUGGUGGAGGGAAGCAACAGCGUUCCGGCGUUGAUGAUGUUCUUGGUUUGGAUCUUCAUCUUAGCCUUGCUCCUGCUGGUUCUUGAAGUUGUUUUUUUUUCUAAGUACUUCAUUUACUAUAGUUUGUAUUUUCUAUUCUUGAUUUUUUUUUUAAACUCAUCGGUUUUUUUUUUUUGGAUGAUGGAUAUAUGGGUUUGUAUCAGUGAUUUUGUAUUAGUAUUACUUUUUUAUAAGUUUUUAUUUUAAUAUUUUUCUGGGAAAAAAUUGAGAGAAGAUGUACGGAGAAAUUAGAGAGAGCUGGUGUAUCUAAGAUCUAUCUUGUUCGUAUGUUUCUUGUGUUUAA